AAGGUUUCUGGGUGUGGACUGGCCUAGUGUCUCAUUGAUUACUCUGUAUUGUCCUUUCUGUAAUGAUUCCUGUUCCUGCACAAAACAAAGUUAGACCCCGUAAAACUGUAUAAUAAAGCUAUAGAAUAAUGGCUCAUAUGCCCCCUGAAGUGCACUAUAAAUUCAACUGGGAGACAUUUGGAAUUGAGCCCAUGUUAUUACGCUGGCUCAUUACGCGCCUCGCACCUGCUGCCAAUCUUCUCAUCAGCUCAUCACUGUCACAGGCCAAUGCAGUCUGCACUUUACCACCGACAAGGGCAAUAAAUAAGCAUUUGUGUCCACGUUAGACCUACAUAUAUCGCGAUGGAGGCCUUAACCUUUUCUACAUACAAUUUUGGCGGCUAUCCUGGCUAUUUCCCCUUUUACCAUGGAAACACUAAAUUCAAACAUCAGAACUGGAACAAAAAGGCCGGUUUUGGUGGCAUGCCCGAGAUGCCUGAUUAUUUUGAAAUCUACAAACGUGCUCAGUUAAAAGCUAUUUUGUCUCAGGUCAACCCGAAUUUAACUCCUCGCCUGCGUAAGGCCAACACCAAAGAGUUUGGGGUGCAGGUGAAUCCGAAAGUAAACGCCACAGUGCAGUGCUCUCUCGGACCUAAAACACUGUUUUAUCGCGAGGACAAGUGGGACUCUCCGAAAAUAGGCAGUCCGUCGAGACCCAGUCUUCCCAGCACACCGGUGAACAAUGUGCGUUUCUCCCGUCCCGUUGCGAUUUACUCCCCGGUGUUUGACCGCAGAUUUUUCUCAAUGCCAGCCCGCGCUGAGGAACUGGACAGGGACGCAAAGCCGGGCAGCUCCGAGGAAGAAAACUGCACAGAGGAAGCGGAGAAGCGCGAGACCGAGGCUGCACAGAGCGCCAGAGGGAAAGAGCGCCAAUGCCCAGCUUUCCAAAGUCGCGCGCCCGCAAAGUUUAACUUUCAGUUUCUGGAGCAGAAAUAUGGCUAUUACCACUGCAGCAAGUGCAACAUUCGUUGGGAGAGCGCGUACGUCUGGUGCAUCUCGGGAACUUGCAAGGUUUACUUCAAGCAGCACUGCAGGAAGUGUCAGGCUGGACUGAACCCAUAUAGAGUGGAGUCCAUUCAAUGUCAGGUAUGUGCACGGACACGCUGCUGCUGUGAGAGGAAGCAGAGGCACAUUGACAUUCGGCGUCCUCAUCGCCAGGACCUGUGUGGCCGCUGCAAGGGCAAGAGGCUGUCCUGCGACACCACCUAUAGCUUCAAAUACAUAGUCUGAUUGUCUCCAAACUCAAAACCAAACUUUUUAUAUAAUAUUGAUGGCAAUGAAUUAAUUUUUGUAUUGUAUAUGUAUUAAACUCCAAUAAAAGG